UCCUGGACUCGACUCGCAUUCAUGCUUCUCGAAUUGAGCUCAAAAAUAGGCUUCACAAACACGUUUCCAGACUUGAGCCAUUUCUAGGUAGUUUCCCUGUUUUGGCAUAGCCUUUUGAUGAGGUUCAAAAAUGGUCUUCUGGACUUCCUAUCGAGCUCUCAAUCACUUCAAUAUGUAGAGGGACACUCCAGCUUCAAAACAAGUCAUUAGUCUUCAAUUUCCAUCUAGCCAAUUGUAUGAUAUGAAUAUCCAAAGUAGGCACCAUGAACUGUUUUUACACCGAAACAACAUAUUAGGUCGACCGAAUCCUAAAUGAGGUCGACCGGAUCCUAUAUGAGGUCGACCGGAUCCUAUAUGAGGUCGACCGGAUCCUAUAUGAGGUCGACUGAAUUCUAAAUGAGGUCGACCUAAUUCUAACUGAGGUCGACCGGAAAGUGCAAGUCACCAUGACAUGCAUGUCACCAUAGGCACACCCAAUAGUUUAAUGACACAAAAAACAAUAAAGGGCAAAUUGCAUGAUUGGUCACUAUCAUAGUAUCAUUGCUUAAAAGGUUCAUGUUGAGUUACUAAAAAUAUUUAAUUCCAUUCGUGGUCAUUAGGUUUAGCAAAACAUGUUAUGGCUGGUCACUUUUCGUCCAAUUCUUUUAACUUUGUUUGAUGUGCCAGUCAACUCUCAUAGUUGACCGUUAAAUAUGACAUGACAAUUAAAAAAUAAAAUAAAUAAAUUUAAAAUUUCCACCUCAUUAUCACUACUUUUAAAAAUAAAAAACGGUCAUUUUAAUCCCCUAAAUCUUACGAAUUAACUUUACCCUUCUUUCUCACUGUGUUGUCUGAGAUUUCUAACCUUCAGAAAUCCCCACCACGGUGAAGGGGGAAGGGAUGCACCAUAAAAACAAACAAUUCUUAGCUAUGCAAGCUCUUCACUAAAGGAACUUCAUUGCAUUACAAAUGAUAAUAUAAAACAAGUUAUCGACAUAUGCCAAAAGCAUUUUAUUUAUAUUUUUUUUUAACUUUAAUUAUAUUUUGUUGUAAUAUCUUUUACCUUAAACCACAAACACUAUGAAUACUGAUUUGUGGAACAUUAAAAUCUCCAUUGCAUCAAUGCAAGAAUGCUAGUGGCAAAGCGAAUGCUGCGAUCCCUUUCAGUUUUGGCAUUAAUGGAAGGAUACACUCUAACACCCACCAUAAUGAAGUUACUGCCCCUGGGUAAAAGAGAGUAAAGCUGAAAACUUGGUGGUGGUAAAAAGUGAGGGUAAAAAUUUAGCAUCCUAAAAAUGGUUAAAAAUACAAGCUAAGGACAACUCAAGGGCAAUCCUAAUCUCCUCCAUUUGAGCGGGAAAUGAAGGUACCGGUGGUAAAAUUUCCCCAAGUAGAUGUUGCAGAAACCUGACACCCAAAAUCCUUCCUUUAACCUUUCUUUGCAAAGAGAAAGAGAAAGCAAGCUGCUCCCCAACUGCACUAGGCAGCCUGAUAGAAAACCAAGCUCUCUCUCUAGCAAGUUUUCUCCUUCUCCUUUCCCUUCUUCAAACCCUACAGAGCAACAAGUGUUUCUCCUCCAGAGUUUGAGAUCUCUUGCUGUUUGAAAACCAACCUCAAGCAUGGCAUAUUUCCUCAAGCAUCUCACUGAGGAGACAAUGGCACUCAAGAAACUGCUGAUUCCACCGGAGUUUAUUCGUAACUGUGGGAGGGUAAAUCUGACCAACCCGGUAGUUCUGGAACCAACUGUUGGAGAUCCACCAGAGGUGGAGUUGGAGCUCUACGAGGAUGCCAGGGGUUUUUGGCUGAGAAAUGGCUGGCAGGAGUUUGCAGAUCGAUAUUCUCUCAAUCAUGGCAACUAUCUGCUGUUCGAGUACAAAAGCUUCUCCAGGUUCAAGCUUGUGAUGUUUGGUGCAAAUGGGGUGGACGUGAUGUGUCCAGCUUCUAGCUUCCACAAUGUGGGUUCGAAUCGAAAUAACCAGGAGUUUCCAGAUGCUGAGCGGGAAGAAGAGAUCAGGGGCUCACCUGUGGCUGGAGGUGGUGGGAGGCAGCCAGCCCGGCCUCGGUCUGCAGAGAAUGCCAAGCAGAAAACUUUCAUGGCUACUAGGAAGGGGAGAACUGCUGAUGGUGGACGGAGGGGUAAGAGGAGCUAGUUUGGUAGGGAUAAGGCUGAGACCUCACACAUUCCAGCCAUGGCUGAACAUGCUGAAGGUUCAUUUCUUUCCUUUUUUGUAGCUUCCAAGCUUUGUCAAACUGAAAUGUGAUUUCUUCUUCCAAGUCUAAUGUAGUGUAUGGAAUUCAGAAUUGCCUGAAAUUCAUUAUUGACCCAAUUGAAUGCAGGAAUGCCAAAGCCAGGGAGGGGAAAUACCUCCACAAGCUCGGUCAGUCCAAGCUUCUUCAUUACCAUAAAUCCAAAUCACAUGAAGAAUCAUCUAGUGGUAGGCUCGCUCAUUUGCCAUCGACCCAAUUCACCUUUCCUUUUUCUUCUUUCAAGCAGGCUUCGCUUAAGAAAAAUUGAUUUCUCCAUUUUUUUUUUCUUCUCACUAAAUAUGCAGUAUCUGCCGACUGAUUUCGUGUUCAAACACAUGAAGCUUGAGAAUAGCACUGUGAUGGUUUAUAGUGAUGAUGGGACGGGCGCAUGGCACUUGUCCUUUGUCUUCAAACAACGAAGUAAAAGCGAACGUGGACGUGGACGAGGCAUAUUCUGUGGCGGUUGGUCAGCGUUCUGCGAGGACAACUCUCUGAAAUCAGGGGAUAUCUGCCGAUUCAAGCUCAUCUCCCGUGAUGAGAUGGAAGUGACGAUUGAGAGGAAUUGAGUUAGCUUUUCGAACCUCUAGAAUGAAAGCUUUGGUUGUGUUAUGUGUCACCCUUUUUGAGUUCCUGAAAUUUCAAUGAUGUUGUUUCUGGAUAGAACUCUGCAGUACACUCUGCAUCUAUAUUUCCCCCAGAAUGUGUUGUGAUCGUUUCGUAUUCAUAGCUCUUGAAAAUUUCGAAAUCGGAAAUGCAAACACAUCGAUCGAAGUAGCUAAUGAACCAUGAUAUGCUAU